UUUUCGUCGCUCUCACUGACUUCUUACCGAGCUUAUCGAUCGUACGACCAUAAAGUGGCAGACAGUUUACCUCGAAUCUCUCGAUCUGAAUAAUACGCGGAAUCAUAGAGGUAUCGAAAGUGUUUUAAACAUGAAAGCGUUCGUGUUUUCUACGGAAUUUGUUUCCUGUGUUCACCGAAGUUUUGUGAAAACCAAACGCAGCUAAAAUUUAGAAUUUUUAACGUGAUAGAAAAGUAACAAGAACCUUAGAAAUUAAAAAAAGAAAGAGAACACCGUAAAUACUAAUAACAAUGAGUAGAAGAUAACGGCAGGAAAGGAAAACAUUACAAAGUUUAAAGAGGGAAGGAACAACUAACACGAGUAACUAGAAUAUCAAAAAGUGUGAUAUCAUCGACAUAUGAUAUCAUGAGUGAUGUUCUUCGCACUCUUAAAUUGCUUCAGUCAGUCCUUAACUGCCUGCGUAAAACUACAUAUUUUCAUUAGAACUGACAUUAAGACGGGACAGCAAUGCCGAUGUUAGUCAUCAAGACUUCAUAUUUACUAACUUGGCAUUGCAUUCUUAAGAUCAUGCAAUUGAUGCUGGGUACGAUUUGCGUUGGAAUCAUUGGCAAUAAUUUUAUGGACCAUCAUUUUCCUUAUUCAAAUCCACAAAAUUUCUUUCUUAUCGUAACAACUACUUUCUAUAUUAAUACAUUAAUUCUAUUUAUCAGUUAUCUGUUUUCCUCUUCUGCACCCGUUAUACGUAAAACAAAUUAUGAAUUUCUUUGUAACGCCACAACAUGCGUAUUAUUUCUUACGGCUUCAAUUGCAGUGCUGGUGCAAAUAAAUAAGAAAAAUUAUUAUUAUUAUAACUAUAAAGCGUUAUUAGCAGCUUCCAUUUUCGGUCUGCUAAACAGCAUGUUGUACCUCUGCAACGCGGUCUUCGACUAUGACAUUCAAAUGAAGAAUCAAGAAAAUGCUUAAAUUAAAUGUUUAUGAUUUUCUAAACAGUAAAAAUGGAUUAUUCCUAAACGAAUUUUCUUUACAAAUAAGGUUUACAUAUGUUUAGAAAAUCUAUUUAAUUAAAUUAAUAUGAAAAUGUAAUAUGUAUGUACAUACGUAAAAAAAGUUUAACUGUCUGACUAUAUUUGUUACUUAGCGGGUAUAACAAACUUUGCAAAAUGUUUUACACCUUUUCUGGAUUAUUUGAUAGUAUUCACAAACAUUUGCUACGAUUGUUUUACUAGUAUUCGUACAAAACACAUAUUUUAUAUAGACAUAUUUGUUUCAUAUGUAUAUAUGUAUAAUAUUUAUAGUUAUUAAAUAAAAGGUCGGAAAAUGUAUAAAUUGCACGAUCCGAUUUUUAUCAGAAUUUAUACAAAAAUGCAAAAACAUUCGGUCGUUGGAAUCAUUAGAAGAUGAUAGGUCUAAACGCUUUAAAUGCAUAUUGUAAUUAAAUUUAUAAUUAAGUUAUCUUAUCGUAAAUUAUCUUAUUAUUAUUAAAAUAAUGCUUUAAUUUCUGUCACCAACAAGACUGUCGUGCGUACAUACUAAAUGCUACUCAUGUUACUUAUUUUACUUAUAAACGAAGCUGCAGAA